GUUCAGUUCACUGUUUCCCGUCGAGCAGUCGGACCUAGCUGCAGUUCCACACACCAAAAUGGCGUCACGGGAUGAAUCGGUCAGGGAGUUUGUUGCAGUUACCGGCGUUGAAGAGGAAAGAGCCCGGUUUUUCCUGGAAUCGGCUGGCUGGGACUUGCAGCUUGCCCUUGCCAGCUUCUUUGAGGAUGGAGGAGAUGAUGAUAUCGUUACCCUUCCUCAGCCUGAAAGCAGCCCUGGUCCUCGAUCCUCAGGACCAAGUGAACACCGAGUGACUUCCUUCAGAGACCUGAAGCAUGAAGAUGAAGAGGAGAGCGAUGAAGAAGGUCAGAGGUUCUUCGCUGGUGGUUCGGAACGCAGUGGUCAGCAGAUUGUUGGUCCACCCAAAAAGAAGAGCACAAAUGAAGUGGUUGAGGACUUGUUCAAGGGUGCCAAGGAGCAUGGUGCUGUUCCAGUUGAAAAAGCAGGCAAAGGACCUGGAGAGUCCAGCAAGGCUAGGGCGUUUGUGGGAGGUGGAUAUCGUCUGGGUGCAGCACCAGAAGAGGAGUCUGCCUACGUGGCUGGAGAGAGGAGAUCUUCUAGCAGUGCACAAGACGUUCAUGUGGUGCUGAAGUUGUGGAAGACCGGAUUCAGCCUUGAUGACGGAGAGCUCCGAAACUACAACGAUCCUGGGAACGCUCUCUUCCUGGAGUCUAUCCGCAGGGGGGAGAUUCCUCUGGAGCUGAGGCAGCGCUCUCGUGGUGGGCAGGUGAAUCUGGACAUGGAGGACCACAGGGACGAAGACUUUGCCAAACCCAAGCCUGCCUUCAAGGCUUUUACUGGGGAGGGACAGAAACUGGGCAGUGCCACUCCGGAGUUGGUAUCUGUCCCAAGAAUGGAUCAGGCACAUCAGGCUGCAAGCGAGGCUCAGGCCUGCGCCUCUAUCAACGUGGACGAGUCGCAGCCCGUCACCAACAUCCAGAUCAGAUUGGCUGAUGGAGGACGACUGGUGCAGAAGUUUAACCACACCCACAGGGUCUCUGACAUACGCCAGUUUGUGGUGAACGCUCGACCAGCCAUGGCCGCGACAGAGUUCGUCCUCAUGACGACUUUCCCCAACAGGGAGCUGACAGACGAGAGUCUGACACUGAAGGAGGCCAACCUGCUGAACGCGGUCAUUGUGCAGCGGCUAAAGUGAUGGUGCCUCCUCCCCUAGUGGCGAUAUUUUAUCACAGCACUCUGAGUUUCCUACUCAACAAGGGGACACAUGGACUUGAGGACUUCUCAUUACUUUCUUUUUUUUUUUUCCUUAGUGACAUUUUCUCUUUGGCAGUUUUGUGAUGGUGUAUACUUUUUGGAUAUGACGUAAUAGAGUUGGGGAAAAAAUAAGAAUUAUUCCUAUGAGAUGCUUUAAUUAAAGGAGAGAAGAGUGGAGUUUCCCCAACAAACCAAUUUACCAAUUAAACAUACUAGGAAAACACAUCCAAACAAAAUAAAGAGCUUUCUAAAUAUUUUUACCUCAAUGUUUCUUAAGCAGUUCUACUGUUUUUCUCUUACCUCCUCUUUUUCUUUUUUCCGAACGCAAGCCGUCUCUCGCCGUAAACUCUCGUCUCAGCUCCAUAAUACCUUUAGCCUUACGACCCAAAAAGAUUGAAAGAUUUUUUUCUCCUAUUGUUUUUUGUUUUCCUUUCAGUAGGAAAUAUGAUGGUUGUUAACACUAAAAUAGUUUAUUUCGGAUUGACCAAUGCACCUUAUCCGUCUUGAUGCCUGAUUAAACGUGCUAGCAAGAUUAAAACAAAAUAGCUGGUUGAGACUUGGCCGCUUGCUGUGCUGCUAAACACAUCGGCAGCUAUGUUGUAUUCUAUGCAGCCACUUGUAGCAGUGGAGACGCUGCGUGGUUGUGUGGUUAUUCUGUGAUUAAAAUCUCUCUGUCUACCACUGGA